AUGGACACAACGUCGAGGGAGGACAGACGGAGCGACUCAGAAAACGCAGACGGUAAUAGAUCGUCGGGGGAGUCGAGGGACGACCCAGUUGAAGGGGAUCAACAGAACAACAGUGACGAUGGAAACAACAGAAGUGAUCAUGGAAACAGUGAUGGUGGCAACCUAGUAGGUGGGGAAGAUCCACCGCAUAACAGCAGUGACAGUCAAAAGGAGAAGCAAAGCACCGAUGGCGUUUCCCACAAAAGCGAAAAGAGAGAGGAAGAAAAAGAAGAACUCAAAAUGGUGAAUGAAACGGAGGAAGAAAGACGGAAGAGAAAAUCCUCCAGAAGAGAGAAAAAAAAAAAGGAAUAUAAAAAAAGUGAACACUAUAGGAAGUAUUUCACCAAGAAGGAUGACCAGGGAGAUGCAUCCAGCAGGAAGAAGGACACUGGAGGUGAUUCUGACGAGAAUUUUUUUUCUGCAGAAAAAAAAAUAGGGAAAAAAAAUAACGACCAGCGUGCAAACAGAGGGGACCAAGUGGACGAACAUAAUGUGGACAUGUCCAUUUUUAAUGACGAGAAUGGAGCGUAUUCCAUUUUUUCGAGGUCCCCGGAUGGAAGACGCAGUCGAAGGGGUGGCACGUCUUCACCGUCGUCAUCCCCGCAGUCGUCAUCAAGGUCGUCCCCAUCCUCAUCACGCAGGUCUUCCUCCCGGUCUGGUUCUUCCGUUUCUUCUGCAUCUGCCUCCCGCUCGAGGGGGCAUCGGGAAGGUUCCAGUGGGAGUAGCCCAUCCGACCCGGAGAGCUCAGGGCGAUACCGUGAUGGGGACAGCGAAGGCAGUGGACGUAGUGGAAGAAGUAGGAAAAGUGGGAGAAGUAAGAGAAGUAGGAAAAGCCGCACUUCGGAAGAAGCUCCGCCUCUAAUUAGCAACAUUAAAGAGUUCUGUAGCAGCAUCAUCAUGGGGAGAAGUAACCAACCCGAGGGGACCUUGCCGUCAAGUGCCAUGAACAAAAAGAAGGAGUUCCUACUGAACAUUCUGUCGAACUCUAACGAAAUAAACAUACGGCUAAAUGGGAGCCAAGAUAAGGUACGGGACGUGAAAAAGGAUAAGGAAGACAUGAGGAAAAGCGGAAAAAUUAUGAAAAAUUUACUGAAUAUAGGAGAGAGGAACUACGCGGAAGAUGCGUAUUAUAGUAAGGCCAACAUUGUCACCUCGAAGAGUGCCCAGGGGGAUACUCAAACGGGGAGGACAACCGGGGUGGUGAAUGACAUGGUAGGGUUGCAACCCCCAGGGGAAGACGAUACAAUUGAAGUAGGAACCACUACAACCACCACGUACUUAGAACCAGGGAAAGAGCAACAGAUGAGGAGAAAAAUAAUGAUGAAGGGAAGACACAAAGGGGAACUGUUCCAAAAGGAAAAGUGGGAAAGUAACAAAAUGAGAAACAUAAGUUCAGUUUACGAUAAAUACAAAAUAUUACUAACGGAUAUAAAGUCAGGAGAGUAUCUAAACUCGAUAGAGUCUAAGCUAAAUGUUAUAGAGAAUUCUCUCCUGUGCAUGCAGGAUAUACAGGAUGGUGGCACAGAAGACAGGGUGGACGUGAAGAAGAAGCUCACCGAAUUGUUCGACACGGCUGUUGAUCGACUCAUGGAAAAUUACGAAGACGUGAAAAAGAAAAAUGAUGCGAAAAAGCUACACAAGGAGCAACUCAACCUUACGUGCGACUUUAACCUUUUCCUUCGCCUCUGCAAAACGAUGCUGAACGACCAACAAAUGGUCUACAAUAGCAGCAAGAAGAAUAUAAUUUUUUACAAUAAUAUUUGUAAGGUGAAUUAUGUGUUGGGGGUGAAUAGGAACAGGGACAUCCUCUUCAAUUUGCACUGCAGGAGGGGGUACUUGUCCCUUUCAGAGCGUGCCCCCCAAGGGGAGAACAAUACACAGCAGGUUGAUCGGCACAGGUACGGUGGAUCCCACCAAGGGGGAAUUACUUACCCCCCACGAAGGACCCACAUGUGUUACGACAAAAAGGGAAUCAUCGAACGGUUAAACAUUCUCUGGUUUUAUGAGCAGAAGGAGGAGGCGCACUAUUUACACCUAUACAAUUUAAAUAACCUAAAUAGUAAGGUAAUGUCUGUACCGGUGGACUCCCCCGUGGAGUGUAUCGACGUGGUGUUUCUAAACUCCUUUGUCCCCCUAGACUCCUUCUACAACUCAAUGAAGAACUACUACCUAAUGGUGGUAACGGAGUUCUCUUUCUACAUUUUUAACGUCCAUUUGUACUUCAAUUGUGAGGAGGACUAUAACAUAUCGAUCAGUGAGCAGCUCAUUUAUCAGAACAUCUACCCCUUCUACUUUAACAUUUACCUUUUUUUGCUCUUUAAAUUGGCGAAGGAGGAUAAGAAGAGGAGGUUCCUGUUCGUUAAGUCUUUUGAAAAGACGGAACGGAUCUUCCUCGGUGCCGACGAUGGGAACGUGUAUGAAUUCAUCUACGAAAGGGAACAGCUCUUCAAGCCUCUGAGCAUUUUUAAAAAAAUUAUUUUCACGACGCUGAGUGCUCUCAUCAGUGGGGUCAAUGAGGCGUUCUUUUCUCGUAACAGAUUGGAUGACGAUACGCUGCGUGAAGAUGACUCCUAUUUGGAUGAGGAGAAUCGAAGUCUGGGUGGCAGUUACACCCGCAGUUAUAGUGGCAGCGGGUCCGUCAGCAGUAGCUAUAGUAGGAGCAGCCCUCGAAGCAGAAGUGAACGAACGGGUAGGAGCACCUCGAAAAGUCACACCUCACGCAGCCGCACCUCACGCAGCCGAAGCAGGAGGACCCAACGAACGUUUCAAAGUAGUCCCAACAGGAUCAGUCCCAACAGAAGCAGCCCGCAUCGGAGCAGCCCUCGUCGGAGCAACUUGCGUAGUCGAAGUCACAGCCCCCAUGUGACAGGCCAACCCCCCCACACGCACCAACCAGACGAAGAAGAAGACACACUAAACGAGUACAACAAAAAUAUCUACUGUGAUGACAUUCAGCAAGUUCCAGUGAAGUAUCAUCUGAAGAAAAUAAUUAGCACAUAUUUCAUAAAAUAUUUUUCCUUUUUUAAAAAUAAAGUGAGGAAAAUGCUAGUGGAUAAUGAGAGAGCUAUUCUGUAUGUGCUUUAUGAGAAUAGUGACCUGUAUGUUAAGCUGCUCAACGAUAAUUUGGGUUCUGGUAAUUCUAGGAAUUACCUCUCUGAGACGAUCAUCUUCACGAAGGGUGACCUGGUUUCCGAGAUGAGUAAUAUUUACUUCGUGGAUGACAAUUGUUUUGGAUACCCGGAGGGAUUCAUGGGUGUCCCUCCCGGUGAGGCAUUUUACGGCGGAAUGGCGGGGCGAACCAUUAGCUCAAACCACGUAGGAGUUGGAGUGGGUAACUUGGGAGGUCCCAACUUUGGAAAUACGAACCUUGGAAGUACGAACCUUGGAAGUACGAAUUUUGGAAGUACGAACCUUGGAAGUACGAACUUUGGGAGCGGUCCAGCGAAAGGACAGCCGUCCGACAGGAACCGCUUCUUCUACCCGACGAAUUUAGAACACAGCGUGCUUAACAAGCUAAGCAUCAUUGACAUGCACAUAAACCACCUGCACGAGAGAAGCAAUGUAUGCCUCAAACUUGUAGACAAUAAUUGCAACAUUUAUUACCUCUCUCUGGUGAGGUCUCCUGAAACGAAUUCAUACAAAAUGGUGCUUAAGGAUUUUCAGAAUUUUCCCCAUAAGAAGGGGUUACAAAUUAACGACAAGGAGCACCAUAUUCUGUUCACUCAUCAGUUGAAGAAUUUGUUUGUCGUUCUUAAGAAGAGGAAAGUUAAGGUGCGGGAUGUAGGAGGAGCAGCAGGGGGGGUUCCCAAUAUGCCUACCGGUGGGGAGAACAACAACAGGAAGGACUCAACAACGGGUAGGCACCAAGUGGAUGGGAGGAUAGGUGGAGAGCCCUUUUCGCAGGGGCCUCAUAUGGGGAGGUUUCCCAUGAGGGGUGGAGUUAGCGACGCCCCCAAUUUACACCAUUUUUCCGAGGGGGAUAGGCGAAGGAACCACCGAGGAGGACCGAACGAAGAGCACUACACCGACGUGGAAAGCAUCCACGAAGGGGGCAGCAGCAGCGAAUACGAUAGUGAAAGGGGGGAAAAGGGACAGAGGAAACAGGAGCAGUCUCCUUCUUCCACCCCCCCCUACCCCUGUUACAAACUGAAGUUACUAACCACCUGCGAUGAAGGGAACGACCCAACCGUAGCAAUCAACCCAACACAGACGUCCACCUCCAAGAAAAGCAAGUUCCUCUUUAGGCAGUCCAAUGAGUACUACAUAAACGAAGAAAUUAUUGCCAUUUUGUACAAAAAGCGUAAUUCUAAUUUUCACGGGUUUUUUGAACAAACAGAGAAGAGCAACAUAAUUAGGGAUUUUUACCUGGACAGGAUUAGACAUGGCAGCAUAAACCGACUAGGGGGGAAGAAUGAGCAGAACGUGAUGAGAAUCGGCUAUGGCGGCAACUUGGACCCUAUGAGAGGGCCUAUGAGUGGGCCCAUGAGUGGACCUAUGAGUGGACCCUUGAGGGGAGACCCUGGUGGACAGGCGAUGUUUUACGGGGGAGGCCCCUCUGCGGUCAGCACAGGUGGGGUUUCCAAUCGUGGGGGGGUUGGUAAUCUUGGCGGUGUAGGUAGUCCUGUUGGUUUAGGUAGUCCUGUCAGUUUAGGUAGUCCUGCAGGUGUAGGUAGUCCUGUCGGGGGAGCGCCAAACUACUACGACGGCAACUUCCUCACGAACAACAACAGCAGUUUCUUCUUUAAGGGAGACGGAGGAGACUACCCCCGAAGGAAGCCCAUGAUCACUGAGCAGACACCGGGACGCCUGGAAAGCAUACCCCCGUUCUUCCUAAACGAACACACCGUAAGUGAGUACCACGAUUACUACGACCUCAUCAUAAUUACCAAGAAACGCAUCUACUACAUUAGCCAAAACAGCCGCACGCAAAUGGUAGAGAAAAUGGUGAAUCAUUUUUUAACGUACAAAAUGACCUCCCAAAAUAGGAACAUUAGAAGUGUGCUUCUGAAUGAGAUGCGUAUGCGGGGCGAGUGCAAUACGAAUGAACCCGUCACAGGGGGGUCUCCACCAAUGGUUGGGACAACACCUACCCCUGUGGUAACAGGUACGACGGUGGGCACCCCUGUGGUAACCGCUACCCUGGACCCGAGUCAGCACGAAAUGGCCUACCACUACUACGUUAACCAGAUCAUUAAGCUGGUGUCGAGGGAUGAGUUCCUGUAUGUCAUAUGGUGCAUGUUGUUGAACCAUGUGUAUAAACACGAGAUCAUGUGCUUUAACAACGUUCAUGGUAGUGGGGGUAGGAAAAUGCUUAGAGGCAGAAACCAUGGGUACCACAACGACUAUGGAGAUGGAAGUGACCAACACGGGGACAAUUCAAUGCAGGGUGUGUAUAGAAAUACUUACGGACAGAUGAACAGACGAGGAGAUUACUACGGAGGUCCAUCUUCUUACCCAAAUCAGAAGGGGAAGAAGAAGGGACAAAGAGCAGUUCAUUUCGAGGGAGGGUUAAAUGAAAACGUAAGAGGGGCAUCUCCCUCUGCAGCGACUCUAAGAAGACGACGGAGAAGACGUGAUCACAGCAGAAGCAGCAACAGUAGCACGAGCAGCACCAUGGGGGGAAGUGAGUACGGAAGGAUGAAACAAACGGGAUAUAGAAAAGGUGCAACCAACCAAAUAGACUACGAUAUUCUAAACAAAAUAUAUAGGCCGACUCCGUUCAAGUUUGGCUUCCUGGAUAAAGACGCAGACUACAUUAUAAAACAAGGGAAGCUUCAAAGAGCCAUGGAGUUGGAAAUUAAGACGAGAAAAAUUAAGGGAAUAAAUCACCUCUUUGACGAUACGAUGGAAAAUUUAGAGGGAGAAGAAGAGAAAGACGAGGACGAUGACGGUGGUAAUAGCCGCACAGGUGGAAGGUCCCUUCGCAUGUUGAAAGGUGACCCUGUCACGGACCCAUCUAAUGAGAAAUUGCUUCAGAACAAUUCUGGUUAUUACAACUUUUUCAAUGUGUGCCAGAAGAGAGCCACGAAGGAAAAGCUUCUACAGGCGGAAAGGAACAGAAGUGGCAAUUUCGCCUUUGAAUAUCUAACGAACAAAAACUUCGACCUCCUUUUUUUGAAAACUGUAAACAUGUACCAUAAUUCGAUGCAUGUUCUGUCGAGGGGGUUGCUGCUUCUACUCAGUCGUCUUCUCAAACCGGUUAUGUUUAUUCAUUUGUUUUCCUACGAGCGGUACCGAGACACGCACGUUUUUAAGUGUGCAGGAAGGAGUGCUGACGGGCGUAGUACUGGUGAACGAAGUGGUGACGUAAGAAGUGCCGGUGUCCCUUGGAAGACCAGAAAAGUAAUGCGAACGUCGGAGGGGGCCAGGUACGAAGGUAACGUGGGCAUUUCAGUCAUUUCGAAGGAGAGAAACGAUGAAAAUGAGGAAUCCUUCUACAGCAUGAAAGACUUCUGCAUUAUCCGAAUGAAUGACGAAGAAAUGUAUACGAAGAAGAAGCGCAAGAGAAAUUGGUACGAAGGGAAUGAUGACGUAUACAUACUGACGGGGAAUGUCCCGUUAGACUGUUGCCUCAAUUUGAUCGAGAAGCUAAAGUGCCUGAACCUAUGCGUCAGCAUCAUCCUUACUACUCUGUUGAAAAAGAAGAAGGAUUUUUCAGAAAAAAUUAAAGGAUUGAACGACCCAUCCAUUGCAAACGUUUACUCAGACUACACUGUCCUAAUGACGAAUGAAGUGAAUGAGUUCUAUGCUAUUCUGAACUUUAUAAACUUUAGCAUCGAGUAUCUCCUCAUCUAUUCUAUCCUCAUUUGUGACUACUACAAAAACAAGACUAUAAUGAGAAAAAAAAAUAUUGGCACGAACCAAAAUUUUCUCUACCUACCUAGUACCCUCUUCGACCUACUCAUCAAAUGCAAUUUUAUGAAAACGUAUUUAAGCAAAACGUACAGGGAUAUUCUGAAGCAGUGCCUCUUUAACGUUAUAAAGUCGGGAAAGUACAUCCCCGUGGAUUUUUUCCAAGGGUAUAUAAUUCACAAGAAUGAAUUUCUGGCACUCUUCCUGAUUAAGAAAAUUGAGGAGGAGGUUUACAUGAAGAAGAAAAUGAAAAUAAAAAACGACUACGGAAUGUUUCGUGGUUCAGGAGGACCUGGUGCACGUGGCCUCGGUGCAGGGUUUUCGAACGGAGGAGACGGCCACAAUGGGGGAAGCUUUCUCAGUGGUGGAAGUGCUAUUGGGAGGGAGACGUCCGCACUGGAGAAAUUCGACGAUCUGCUGGCGUCUGAAAAACGGGCGGAACAUUUCAUACACGAGAAUUUGAAGGACGCCCUCAUCAGUAUUAACAUUUUCAAGCUGAUCAUUCUCCUCUACAAAGCAGACUACUACCGUUGUGCCAGCACACUGAUCAGUCUAUACAUAGAUGCGUAUAAGAAGAAAUUCCUAAUGGAGGGAGGGAAGAAGGGAAAAAGGGACAAGUUUAUUGAAAAAAAAAACACCUCCUGGUUGACACAUGAAAUAUUGUUUUGUCACCCAAAUGGGGAGAAGAGAUCCACCACAGGGAAGAGAGUGCCCAUUCUGAUGAACAACAUGGACGUGGAAUAUACAUAUGACUACUUUGUCCUUUUCGAAAACUGUUUCUUCCCAGUUGAAAAAAUAGUACACGUGAAUUAUACAAAAUAUCUACUCAAAAAUAAUGAAAAAAAAAAAAAAAAAAUUAAAACAUUUUUGACAACCCUGCUAGAAUAUUCCAGUGACGUAAAUUUGCACUUCUUCAUUUUUAACCUCAUCUUAUACAAAUGCGAUAAUCAGUUUCCUUGUCCCAUUUCAGAGCUCAGAAUAUCCCCCCACCUUUACUACUUCAUCAAGCUGAACGAUAUGAACAUACCAGAUGCUUAUGUGUAUUACUUUUCGGAGAGGAAAUAUCAGGACAUGGUAAUUUUUUACGCCAGGCAGAGUUUCUGCGCGUGGGGAGAGCCCCACCCGUGGAAGCCCACCCUGAGGACGCUCUACCAGAGCGAGGUGCAGGGGAGGGACAACCCGACUGAACAACCAACGGAUCAACCGGAGAAGCAGAGAGAAAAGCGAACGGAAGGGGAAAGUGCCCACCGGGGGAGCCACCCGUUGGGGAAGAAAGGCACCAUUCUGGGUGAGAAGGACAAGCGGGCAUCUGUCAAGGGGAACUCACCCACGGUGGCACCUACCCCUUUGGGAAAUAACCCCCCGAAAGGGUCCCUCCAUCAGGAAGACGCCACCAAUAUACAUGGUAGAAGGGAAUUCACUACUGAUGAAGACGUUGGGAUGGAACCUACUAUGGAAUACGACGACCUCCACAGCAGCGAACUGCUGGCCGAACUGGCCCACAACAACUACAUCUAUGAAAACAACUUCAUUGGAAAUAGCUACCUAAUGUCGAACCCUAUGUAUACGCAUGAAACGAAGGAAAUUUUUACCAGCAUUUAUAAGUACCUCUACUCCAUUUUGUCCUACCCGAGUUUAAAAAAGAGGAUCGAGUUUGUGGAAUGUUGCAUGAGAGCGAAAAUAUUCAUCAUACAAUAUAGUGCUAGAAGUUUGAAGGGGACGGGUUUGCACAAGAACACCUUCCUGAGUGAAUACCUGGAUGUGUAUGCACGUGGUGGGGGGUUAUCCCAAGGGGGAAAGAGCCAAGGGAAUGGGGUGGACGAUCGAAUGAAUGAACGAGCAAGGAAGAAGAAGGCCCUACAUGAGUUACUAAACACGAGCGUGGCCUUGAAAAAGGAGGUCAUAAAAAAUUAUUACACAAUCGAUAAGGGAAUCCCAUACGAUGCAACCUUUUCAAACACCCUCAAAGAACUAAUCACCCGAAAUAGUUGCUUUUUCAAACCAAAGGAGGAUUACCUGCAAAAACAGAGCACAUACUUCCUCCACCUGAAGGAGAUCAAAAAAUGCAGAACGGCACUAAAUUACCAGAAGUUGCUCUUUCACGAAAUUAUAAAUUUGUUCGUUUUUUAUGUGUACAAAUUUUGCAAUUGGGAUGUGGUGAAAAAUUAUUUUCCCGUUUUGAUGGUAGGAAGGAGGGAAGAUCUACUACAAGUGUUAAUCCAUUUAGAGAAUAUGAACAAGGAAGAGAUGGAUAUUGUGAAAAAGUCAUUUUCCAACAUGUAUGAAUAUCUGUCGAAAAGUAAAUUUGAGCAUAUAGACGACGUGAUAACAGAUUACAAUUAUAAAAUAAAAAAUCACCUGAACGGCAAGGUAAAUUUGACACGAAUUGUAGACAUCAUUGAUACGUUCAAGGAGUACCUUUUUACAAUACAAAAAUGUAUUCACUCGAAGGAGGAACUAAAGGAUAGGAUAUUCUUUAACAGUAAGUUCCUUUUUCAGAAUUUUUUGCCAUCCUUUAAUUUGCUAAAGUUAAUAAUUCUGUGCGAUAAGAAAAAAGAAAAAAUAAAAAAUAUGAACACGAAUUGUUUUUCAACAGUAAAUCACAUGAUCAAGAAUGACGCAUCCAAAUGUAGUUCCCGUACUUUUGCCAAAUAUUCUUUUUACUUCGAGAGGUUACUUGACUUUGCCUUUUCCCUAUCCAUCACUUUUGAGAACGUUAACUUCGUCAUCAAUUAUAUUGGCGACGUAAUAAAGCUGAAUGACCUGAAGUUUAAAAAUUGCCUUUAUCUGCUGGUAACGGUGAAGCUGCACAAGUUUAUGAACAAUCUGUUUGAAAUGCAAAAGGUUAGGAGUCUCCUGAAGAACAAGGUGGAGUUGCUACGGAAGAGACAGCACAAUUCUGCGGGGCCUUUGCACCUGCUUUAUUUUUUGAACUGCGUUCCAUUAAUUUACUUGGAUCCCCAGAUGAACGUCAUUCUGAUUAAUGAGUCGUAUGAAUAUACGGUAAACCAGGACAAAAUUAUUUUUUCCAAACUUUCUCCCUUUUCGCUCGUCUCCAAGGCGGUAAACCACAAACUGAGGAGUGUCUAUUCGUACCACGACUACACGGAUAACUACAAUGGGGAGGGCCAAACGGACGAGCAGUGCACAGGGGAGGAUGACGUAGACCAAACAAACGAAGUGAACAGCAGGACCUCCGUGGAGGACUUCCUGGCCAAGAAGAUCCAGCGGAACAGCGCAGCCAUAGACCGCAAUGACAGGAAGGCCCUCUACCACCUUUACAAUGUGAAUUACUGCCUUAACGAAAAUAACUACGGUUACCCUGCACACGGGGGAACAUCCACCGGUGGGAAAGGUGCCCAGAACGCUGCCCCACCAGCUCCGGAACUCAUCGUCUUGACGUAUAAGAACUACUGCUCCUACAUUGUGUGGAUUGCCAACCUCCUCCUGAAUCAUAAGAUUGAAUACAAGGCGUUGAUCAAUGUGUAUCUGAACAUACAAAGCAACGUUAAACACCAGAAAGCGUCCCAAAUGGAAGAGCACGAAAUUGCAGUUAUACUUUACUACCUGUUCACCAUGUGGAUCAACGGAGACAAGAACAACUGUUCCUUCUUCUUUUACAAUGAGGAAAAGAGUUUUAACGAGCAGAACAAUAUUGGCUGUUUUUUGAAGGACAAAAAUGGACAGGUCGAAUACAUAAACAACUAUUCGCUGAUCACCUUGUUGAAGGAGCUGCUUUCCAGGGCGGAGUUUUACUUCGAGUACACAUCGGAUGCGGCUUCUCGGAAUUACGAUAUCAGCUGCAUCAUUUUGGACCCCUCCAUAUAUGACACUGAAAAGGUGAGCAAGUCUUCCGUUGAUAUUUUGAAAAAAUUUUUCGACAGCAUUUAUGACACCUUUAAUGAGGUCAUGGCAAAGAUGCCCGUACUGAACCACAUCGUGGAGUUCCAGGCGAUUCAGGCCUUCCUCAAACGCUUCAAGGUCUACUUGGAGGAGAUCGCCUGCAGGAUCACGCUCAGUGAGGGCCCCUUCCUCUGA